UAGUCCUUCUAAACGUCAACUUUGUCAAAAUAAACAGUUUAACCUAAAAAUCAACAGGAUGUGAAGAGUCUAAACCUAACAGUAAAUAAUCAAUAACAAAUAUGUCAUCAUACGGAAAAGCAGAAACUGAAAAGUUGAAGCAAAACCUCGAAAGCCAAUUGGACAGACUAGUUGAACAACUGCAAGACUUGGAAAACUGUAGAAAUGAACUGGAACCUGAUGAGUACGAAGAAACCAAAGAAGAAACGAUGGAGCAGUUAAAAGAGCUCAACGAUAGUCUUAGUAAACUUGUAAAUGGAGAUAUAUCCCUUAUUAGUGCUUUAGGAGCCGUACAACUUGCCACUCAAGCUGCCAUAUCCCAAGCGUUUAAAACACCUGAAGUUAUACGACUAUUCGGAAGGCGAGAACCUAAUCAACUGCGCGAAAGACUGUCAACAAUCGAACAAGAUGUAAAACUUAACAAACUGAGUACAGAAGCGAGAGAUCGACAAAAGGCUGAAAUUUUGACUGCUUUGAGGCAACUGAACCAACAGUUAUCGAGAGAGGAGUUGCAGUUCUUAGAAAAGCACAAUGAUAUAUCAAAAGCAUUUAAAAAUGUAGAAUUCGUAGAAGUGAAAGAUGAAUAACUUUUUAUAUAUACUUUUUACAUUGUCUACAUAUUAGUACACAAAUAAUACAAAUAUAAAUCUGUAAUAAUA